AUGACGAAACAUGCCAAAUCAAGUAAAGUCUCCAAGGAACUGAAGCAGAGCAAUCCAUGGAGUGAUUGGAUAUGGUCCGAGGACCACAGGCGAUACUAUUGCUACCGGACCCGUAGCAACGGAGAAAUUGAAUACGAAUGGGACGAAGGAGAACCCACCGAAGAGCGUGCUAUCGAGCCGGCCAUUGAGCAAGGUAGUCCCGGUGAUCGCACAUCUAUCCCGGCGCGGAGCGGUCCCAUCGUGAGAUCGGAGAUCACUUACACGGACAAUGAGGGAAAUGUCAUCAAGAUUGUUCACAGAUAUCCCCUGGACGAGGCUGUGAAGGAUGAGGUCCCUCUUGACGGCGAUGAUUGGGCUAUUGUGCCGGUUAAGGCUAGGAACACUGGUAUCGGGGACGAUUUGUGGAUUCGUUCUGGGGAGAGGUGA